AUGGCAGAUAUCAAAGGUAAAGGCUCCACAACUACCGAGUCAAUCACAGGCGGUGAGCACUCGAAACAAUCCCCAUUUAUCUCUCGACAGCCGGUGUUGAACAAUGAAGAAAGAGGACAUCACCAUACUGGAUCUUUGUCUAGUAAUAGAAGCAGGUAUGAGGAGAUAGGGACACAAGUGAGCCAGAGAACACGUUCACCUACUCCAACUGAUCCUAACGAUGUUGUUCCAUACGAUCAACAUGCUACUAAUGGUGCUUCGAGUGUGUCUCGAUCACAUAGAGAGAUGGGGAACUCGAAUGAUCAAAAAACAAGACGCCUAGCGAGUACCAUUGUCUCGCCCACACGGUCUUCGCAAGCUCUGGAUACCAAUGUCACUGUUCGCGCAAAGGGAGCUACGCGAGCUCUUACGUUCUCUCCGCAAUCUCUUCAAGUUGACCUCAAUGCUUUGGAGAAUGACCAGAUGAUUGAUGCUCUAAAUGAAAUGGAUCCAGCGGCUCAACCGGAGAGCGAGAUGUUAGAAUGCGAUGAUCAAGGCAAUGAUUUGUUGGGUGAGGAACUCAUGGCUUUACAAGAGGAAGAGCUUCGUGCUGCUUCAGAUACAUCCAGAGCUAAGGGUCAAAGACAUGAGGCCAAACCUUCACGUGAGAUGACUCGUUUGAAUGUUCCGUUGGGCAUACAAACAAAGAAAUCUGAGUUUCUUCGUCGUGGAUCACCAAGGGCUCGAGUUGCAAUGUCUCCUGGUCCAAAAGAUG